GAGCCGUGACAUUUUCGCUGCUUGUUUCACUGUAGUAAAGAAGGGUUACGACAGACGACGGUGGAGCGAGGGAAGGACGCUCAUCCCUGGAGUUUCAAACAGAGGAGACGUUAGUUGUCGGAGUUUUUCCCCUUUACAACAGGACGCAAUGAGUUGGGGAACGGAUCUUUGGGACCAGUUUGAAAAUCUGGACAAGCACACGCAAUGGGGCAUCGAUUUUCUCGAGCGCUAUUCAAAAUUCGUGAAGGAGCGUCUGGAGAUCGAGCAGACAUAUGCGAAGCAGUUACGGAAUCUGGUGAAGAAAUACUGCCCCAAACGCUCCAAAGAAGAUGAGCCCCGGUUCACUUCCUGUUUGUCGUUCAACGCCAUACUGAACGAGUUGAAUGACUACGCGGGUCAGCGAGAGGUCGUUGCCGAGGAGAUGGGGCACAAAGUAUACGGGGAACUGAUGAGAUACUCACAGGACCUGAAGGGAGAGAGGAAACAUCACCUUCAGGAGGGAAGAAAAACCCAGCAGUAUCUAGACCAGUGCUGGAAACACAUGGACAAUAGUAAAAAGAAGUUUGAGCGAGAAUGCAGAGAGGCAGAGAAAUCACAGAUGAUGUACGAUAGGUUAGACAAUGACAUCAACGCCACAAAGUCUGAGGUGGAAAAGGCAAAGUCCCAGCUGUAUCUAAGACAACACAUGGCGGAGGAAAGCAAGAAUGAGUACGCCGCCCAGUUACAAAACUUCAACAGUGAGCAGUGGAAGCACUUUAACGUGUCCAUCCCUCAGAUAUUCAAGAAUCUGCAGGACAUGGAUGAACGUCGGACGGUCAAGCUGGGCGAGACGUACCGGAGUUUUGCUGAGGUAGAACGAAGAGUCAUUCCCAUUAUCUCCAAAUGCCUGGAGGGCAUGGUGACCGCCGCCAAAAAUGUGGACGAGCGCAGGGAUUCUGAUAUCGUGGUGGAGUCAUUUAAGUCGGGAUUCAGUCCCCCUGCUGAAUUCCCAUUUGAGGAUUUCAGUCAGAACAUCCAGAGGACGGGGUCAGACAGCACCAUUGGGACCCCCAAAAAUGAGGGAGGCAAACCAGACCCCAAACAUGCCAUCGGCAGAACCAAAAACAAGCUUUGGCUUUUUGGGAAGAAACCCAAGAUUCCCCCAACCAUUCCUCCCCCUCCCCGUCCAAGUUUUCCCUCCGGCCCUUUCCAGUCUCCCAAAUUCCCUACUGAGCGGAUAACAAACCGCCUGUCUGAAAUGAAAAUCUCAAAAUCUAAGAUCCAGUCCUUCCGAGCUGUGAGAAGAGGGGCACCUACAUUAGAGGAUCUGAGCCACCUUCCCCCCGAACAGAGACGCAAAAAACUCCAACACAGAAUCGAUGAGCUGAACAAAGAUCUACAGAAGGAAAUGGACCAAAGAGAUGCUCUCAACAAAAUGAAGGACGUCUAUGAGAAGAAUCCACAGAUGGGCGAUCCCGGGAGCCUCCAGCCCAAGAUUUCAGAGACCAUAUGCAACAUGGAGAAACUCCGUUCAGAGAUCCAUAAAAAUGAGAGUUGGCUAUCAGAGGUAGAAGGAAAGCACGGUUCCCGCAGCGAACGACGGUCCAGUGCGGAUGUGAACCAUCACACUCCUCAUGGCAGAGAGAGUCCUGAAGGCAGUUACACGGACGAUCAGAACCAGGAGCAUCGGUCUCCACCUCAGCCCGAUCCACAUGAUUUUGAUGAUGAGUUUGAUGACGACCCGCUUCCUGCUAUUGGCCACUGCAAAGCUCUUUACUCUUUUGAUGGCUCUAACGAAGGCACCUUGGUAAUGAUCGAGAACGAUGUGCUGUACAUCAUAGAGGAAGAUAAAGGCGACGGAUGGACGCGGGUUCGAAAACAGAGCGGAGAGGAGGGCUACGUCCCAACUUCGUACGUGGAGAUCACACUGGAGAAAAACAGCAAAGGUGCGGUCACCUACAUAUGAGCCCGCCCAGUUAUGACAUCACACAUUGGAAGCAUGUGUAAGAUUUAUCGCGACUCCUCGAGCGCAGUCUGGCUGACUACCGUAUGCUUUUGUUCACUGUGUGAGCCCGAGGACGAACACACAAAAACUGACUUUGUUCAUCUGCACUGCCACCUUGCUGCAGUGAAUAAAUCCUGAGCUGAGGCAACUUUUUAUUGAUGAGAUUUUUAACGCUUUUAAUGAAUUGGUACUCGGCGAACUAUUUUGAAUCAGUUUUUAUAUUUUCAACUUGAGAAAACGGAAAACUGAACGAAACACCUGCUUUCCAAAUGUCUGUCGAAAAGAUGAUUUGACGAAAUAUUACAGCUCUUUAUUUGAUUGAGGUUCACUUGUAUGUACAGUGUGUCUACCAUCCGUCAUGUGUUCUAAACGCUCUUCUCUCUGAAAAGUCAUUUUGUUUUGGAAUUGUAUCAAUUUUGGUUCAUCUUUUCCAGCAGGUUCCUCCUUUUUCUUAAAGCCUCGCAGGGGCACAGCCAUAACUUUUUAUUUGUAACCAAAGGUUAUAGGCAUUAAAUAAAAACCCAACAAGUUACACCAGGGAAAUGAUCAAGUAAAUUCAUAAUCACACUAGCGCCCUCUAUUGGUGGAGGUAUUUUGCCACAACUUUUUGUGUCUUUGACCGAUUUUUCUGUUGUCUUGUCAGUGACUCUGUCCUCUCUCUUUCUGUGGCUACAGGUUCCUGAUUGGAUGAGUGGGGUUCUGAGGUGUUUGGUGGACAGGACUCACUGCUGUGGGUCUGUUAAUGGGGCGGUGGGGGGGUUUAAGACCGGGACAUGAUUUUAGAGCCGUGCUGGGGAAGGAUGCAUGUUUGCAUGCUGUUUGUGUCAUGUCCAUUAACAUCAUUCCAUUGCAGCAGUCAUUCCUGGAAUAACAGGGUGUGCAGGGAUGGGGUCAAAACGGGGAACCGAGACGCCCGUGAGCAAUAACAGAGAACGAUGAUGAUAGAAACCCAAAGAGAGUCAUUGCCUGCCACUAACAUUUGAGCUCCAUUUCAAGUCAAGGGAAUCUUUGUUUGUUCCAUCUCAUGUACCUGCACGAUCCAUAACUGUUCCUUUCUCGCUCUGACAAACUUGUCUCCUUAAUAGGAUUUAACCACUUAGCCGGCUCUAAUCUCUACAUACGUCUGUGAUUUAUCAGUGUCUUGUUUAUGUCUGUCUUUACUUUAAAAUGUCUACAUUUCCACAUCAAUGCAUUCCGUCAUGAACGUUAUGUCAACCCUGCUGUCCUUAACUGAAAAGCAUGACCAAUCAGAGUAGAGGAAGCAUGGGGCUACAGUUCCCACAGCAACGUGCAUCCACUUGCCCCGCCCCCUGCAUAGCCUUGAUGGACCAAAGGAGCGUGAUGCAGUUCUACUUUUGACCAGCAGGUGGAGCCAAACAUCAAACAAAACGAGCAGAGAAAACUCUUGGAGGACCACAAACCUAUCAUUACAAAACAUACCAGCAUCUCUGCUUUAAUUUCAAGCUUCUGUGUGCUAACUUAAGGCCUGUAAAGGUUUUUCUGCCCUUCUAUGCCCCCCAAUUUUUCCACUCCAGAUAACAUGUUAAAAGUACAUGCUCAUCGGCUCCCAGCAAGGGACCGCGUGUCUCUAAAAUGCGAUCUCAAGUAUGUGUAUUUGUGAAUGUGAUUCCUGCCUAUAAAACUGUAUGCAUAUGGAUGAAUAUAUGCAUAUAUGUAUAUAACUAGUUAGUUUUUAUCAUUAAACUGUAUUAACAUCUUUUAUUUCAGAAUGAAUGUGUUUUUAUUGUGACUUGUUUUCAUGGAUGCUCUAACCAAGCAAAUGACAUUCAGCGUGUGCUUGUACGUCCGACUGUGCCGUUAUCACUUUGUAACCAGUUCUUCAUGGUUGAAUCCUAUUCUCGGUAGGACCUUGGUCUUAACCAAUGCACUUUUUACCCUGUUGCAUUUGAAUAUUGGUGAGCGUGUGACGUCAGAUGCGAAAGCUACUUGUAUGAAUGUGUUAGACGGUGGUGACCACUAUAUGCGGAUUUGUGUGGGAGCAAAAGAAAUAAAUGCUUAUGUCUGUCUGA